CUUCCAGAAUUACAACCUCACUCUCGGUCCCCCAGUUUCUUCACUCCAGCAGUCAUGAUCUUAAGUAUUGCCCUCAUUUGGGCCAUAGUGGUAGGGCUCUGUUGUUGUCUUUGGCUUAUCACAGGAAUACGCAGAAGACAGCCUGGGGAGCCUCCAGUGGAAAAUGGCUUGAUCCCGUACCUUGGUUGUGCUCUUCAGUUUGGGGCCAACCCUUUGGAAUUUCUUCGCAGCAGACAGAAGAAAUAUGGUCACAUUUUUACAUGCAAAAUUGCUGGGCAGUAUGUCCAUUUCCUCUGUGAUCCAUUCUCCUACCAUGCUGUCAUCCGCCAAGGAAGGCAUCUGGACUGGAAGAAAUUUCACUUUGAUGCCUCUGCAAAGGCAUUUGGUCAUGAAAGCAUGGAUCCUAGCCACGGUUACACCACAGAGAAUCUGCAUCAGACCUUCCUCAAGACCCUGCAAGGAGAGGCCUUGCCCUCUCUCAUUGAGACCAUGAUGGAAAACCUGCAAAGCACCAUGUUGCAACCAGGCAUGCUGAAGGCAAAACCCUCUGAGUGGCAGACUGAUGGUAUCUUUGCCUUCUGCUACAAGAUCAUGUUUGAAGCAGGCUACCUGACCCUCUUCGGAAAGGAACUGGAUGGGGACCAGACUGUUGCACGUCAGCAGGCUCAAAAAGCUCUGGUGCUCAAUGCUCUGGAGAACUUUAAAGAGUUUGACAAGAUCUUCCCUGCUCUGAUCGCUGGACUCCCCAUUCAUGUUUUCAAAAGUGCCUACAGUGCCCGUGAGAACCUAGCCAAGACUAUGCUCCACGAGAACCUCAGCAAGCGUGCCAAUGUUUCUGACCUUAUCUCCUUACGCAUGCUCUUGAAUGACACACUAUCUACCUUCAACGAGCUGAGUAAAGCCAGGACCCAUGUGGCCAUUCUGUGGGCUUCCCAGGCCAACACUUUGCCUGCCACCUUUUGGACCCUUUUCUAUAUGAUCAGGUGCCCUGCGGCCAUGAAGGCUGCAAGCGAGGAGGUGAGGAGAACUUUCGAAAGUUCUCAUCAGAAAGUUGAUCCCACAAAUUCUCGACUUGUACUGACAAGGGAACAAUUGGACAAUAUGCCCAUUCUAGACAGUAUCAUUAAAGAGGCUAUGAGACUGUCCAGUGCAUCCCUAAACGUGAGAGUGGCCAAGACUGAUUUCCUUCUUCAACUGGACAACAAAGAGUCUUACCACAUCCGCAAAGAUGAUGUAAUAGCUUUGUACCCCCCAAUGCUUCAUUUUGAUCCUGAGAUCUAUGACGAUCCUCUGACAUACAAGUUUGACAGAUACCUUGACGAGAAUGGACAGGAGAAGACCAGCUUUUACAGAAACGGACGCAAACUUCGUUACUAUUACAUGCCCUUCGGCUCUGGGGUGACCAAGUGUCCAGGCCGCUUCUUUGCUGUGCAUGAGAUGAAGCAGUUUCUGUCUCUAAUUCUCUCGUAUUUUGAGAUGGAAAUUUCAGACUCUGAUGUGAAAGAACCGCCACUGGACCAGUCUCGAGCCGGCCUGGGUAUUCUACAACCUACCUAUGAUGUCGACUUUCGAUACAGACUCAAAACACAAUAAGGACCAAACACUUAUUUAUUGACUCAGCUGUGAACUGUAAAUAAUGUAUAUUUUGUGUCAUAUCCAGCCAGAUGAAUGUAAAUAGGAUUCAGUUGUGUUUUCCAAACUUCCUAAAAUCUCUCACAAAUCAGCUUGAAUAGAAGGAAGAGUGGGCCUGGGUAGCUCAGGGAGUAAAGAAUAGCGUGAAGCCUCCACACGCGCUACAUCUCCGUGGUAACGCGCUCAACAAGCCACGUGAUAAGAUGUGCGGACUGACGGUCUCAGACGUGGAGGCAACUGAGAUUCAUCCUCCGCCACCCAGAUUGAGGCAAGUCACUACGCCAUCACAAGGACUUAGAGCACUUUGGGAAUUGGGCAUUCCAAAUUGGGGAGAAAAGGGGAGAGAGAGAGAGAGAAAAAAGGAAGUUUGAAAGAAAUUUCAGGACUCUCCUUUUACAAUUUUCAGUUACAUUUACUGCACUUGAGCUGUGUCCAUAGCAUUCAACUCAAUUUCUGAUCUGUAUAACAACUGGCCAGUAAACAAAUAUGCUAUUGCACAUUAAUUAGAAAAUGUAAUCGGUACCAGCCUGUUUCAUUGGCUGUUUUCCAUUUUUUUUUUUUUUGUUAUGUGCUUUAUAAUGCUUGUGUACAUAUUGAAUUUUUAACCUAAACAUCAGAGUGUUUCUUAUUCUUUA